ACCUUUGUUUGAGUAAGAAAACACUCAUCAAUGGCAUCUCUAUUUUCCCCUACUACAACAGCUUUCCAUCAAGACCCUAACCUCAUUUGUUUCUCACCCUUAAGACCUAUUUCAAAAAGUUACUAUUUUUGGUCUUGCACUAACCAUUCCAAGAAACACAACAAUACCAUUACUUGCAGUUCUUUUGUUGAUGAAAUUUCAGUUAGUUUAGACAGUUCUUUGUCUCAAUUCCCUGUUUUUCAAUCUGGGGUUGCUCAAUUUCAAGAAUUACCUCAAGAACAGAAAUAUGGCUUGUUAGUUUUUGCUGGUCUUACUUGGAUUUACUUGACUGCUAGACCUGGUGUUUUAGUUGGUGCUAUUGAUGCUUAUAUUUUGGCGCCUAUACAAGUGGGGUUGGAUAGUUUAAGUGGGAAAAGGAGUUUUAAAAUGAAAGAUUUUUUGAUUGGGGAUAGGUUGGGUGAGGGUUCAUUUGGGAUUGUUUAUUCUGGUGUUAUUGUUCCUAAGAAUGUUAAUUUGGAUGAAAAUGUGAGGAAAAGAGGAUCAUCUGUAAAAUCAGUUAUUACAGAUUCAAGAUUCAAGGAAAAGGUCAUUCUUAAACAGGUAAAGACUGGAGUUCAAGGUGCUGCGGAAUGUGGUGAGUUUGAAGAAUGGUUCAAUUAUAGGCUAUCAAGAGCUGCUCCUGAGACAUGUGCGGAGUUUCUUGGUAGCUUUGUUGCUGAAAAAACUAACUCACGAUAUACUAAGGGUGAGAAAUGGCUUGUCUGGAAAUUUGAGGGAAAUCGGGACCUAGGUGAUUACAUGAAGGAUCGCGGCUUCCCCUUGAACAUAGAAUCUGUCAUGUUUGGUCGAGUCUUAGAAGGAUUGGAGUCAAUUAAAAGGAAUGCACUAAUCAUCAAACAAAUCAUGCGUCAGAUUAUUACUUCCCUUAAGAAAAUCCAUGACACAGGUAUAGUCCAUAGAGAUGUAAAGCCAUCCAACUUAGUGGUCACGAAAAAGGGACAAAUCAAGCUGAUAGAUUUUGGGGCAGCAACUGAUCUUCGAAUUGGAAAAAAUUAUGUGCCUGACAAGGGGCUACUUGAUCCUGAUUAUUGUCCACCCGAACUCUAUGUAAUGCCAGAAGAAACUCCAAAACCACCACCAGAGCCAGUUGCUGCACUUCUUUCCCCAGUUUUAUGGAAGCUAAACAGUCCCGAUCUCUUUGACACGUAUUCUGCUGGAAUAGUGCUUAUGCAAAUGGCAGUACCGAGCUUAAGGUCUACAGCAGGCUUAAAGAACUUCAAUUUGGAAGUAAAGGCAGUUGGAUAUGACUUGAAUAAAUGGAGAGAAAGGACUAGGACAAGACCUGAUCUCAGUAUUCUUGAUCUCGACUCUGGUAGAGGGUGGGAUUUGGCUACGAAACUUAUUUCAGAGAGAGGUGGGCGUUUAUCUGCUGCUGCGGCUCUUAGACAUCCUUAUUUCCUUCUAGGCGGUGACCAAGCUGCUGCAGUUCUCUCAAAACUUAGCUUCUCAAAAUAGGAGCACAAUUUGGUGAUGCAAGUACGACAUGUUUUGGUGCUUGAUACUCGUUUUGGGAUGGCUUCAUUUUCUGAUUAGCAGCUGCAGUAGAGUCAUGCAUGAAGUGGUUUCAAAGCCGAAAAUAAGGAGAAGGUGCUAACAGGGGAAAAUGAGCUGCUAUGCUGUAGCUCUUUCUGCUGGAUGGCAUUAUGGCCAAAGUAUUUAAAAGAUCCAGAAAGGAAUGCGUAGUUUGCUCUUAUUGGUAAGGUAAAGAAUAACAGAAAAUCAUACUACACUUUGUUGAGGGGCAAGAAGAAUUUUUCAGCUUGUAGCAAUCAAGUUCUUUUUCCCUGCACGACGAGCGGGAUCAGUAAGAAAUGUAUAAAAUAAACCACGUAUUAAAAUCACCAUAUGCAGAGCUGCAAGCAAUUAUACUCGUCUCUUGUUCAUUAUCUUUUUAAACAAAUGACACGGCCAGUAAUUCUUUGGCAGAAUUGUAUAUGAGUUCUUGUGUGUAUUUCUCAUACAGUUAUUUUUGUUUUUA